AUGUCCGAAACCUUGGAAAUUGACCCAAUCUCUAUCGAUGACGCUGAGCAAGUGACGGACAACUGGUCUGGAUUGACUGACCCGGCCGAACGCCGUCGACGACAGAACCGCAUAAACCAGAGGGCUUACCGCAAUCCAAAAGUCAACCUCUGCCGUAGCCCCGAAGUUUUACAAAAUCUUCUGGACAGAUUUGCCAAGUCAGCGUAUGAAAGUUAUGCACGGGGAAACCCGACUGCCGAUCAUCUUAUGACAUUGACCAAGGUUAAUGUCUUCCGAGCAUUCGCCCACAACUUGCGAUUAAUUGGUUGGUCCGAGUACUGGAUGGACGACGACGCAAUUUCACCGUUCAGUACAGCUUUGCCACACAAGGCCUCCACCCUGGACGAUAACAGCCUCAUUCCAACGAACUUGCAGCCCACUCGAAUCCAGAAAUCAAUACCCCAUCACCCAUGGCUGGACUUCUUUCCUUUUCCCAAGAUGCGGGAUAAUCUCAUCGAAGCUGGGGAUGAUUGGGAUGACGAGCAGCUCUGUCACGAUAUCAUGGGUUUCUGGGGGAGUCAACGAUGGAUGCAGGGCUACUAG